UUGAGAAUGACUGAGAAAGAAAAAAAUAAUUGUAGAUGGGCCUGUUAACGUUGGUUCAUUCGUGCUCACUCUUCUUCUGAGGAAGGAGAGAAACGCAGACUUGAGAGUUGAGAGUGAAAGUGAUGAUGUUGUUUCGAUCAAGUUUCAAACUUUUCAAUAGCUCCCGUGUUUCUGCCUAUCAAUUAUACUCAACAGAAUCACUUCUUUCUUCUUCUUCUUCUUCUUCUUCUUCUUCUUCUUCUUCUUCUUCUUCUUUCUCAGAACUCCGACAUCAAAUAAUUGGGGGUAAUGGGGACCCCAGAAUCCCUGUGACCCCCAUUCUCAACCAAUGGCUUCAACAUGGCGGAUCCCUCACUCACAAUCAAAUCCAAUAUCUCAUCGCAACCCUCUCUUAUUCGCGUCGCUACACGCACGCCCUUCAGAUAUCAGAAUGGAUGAGUGAGUCAAGUAAAUAUAACUUGACCCCAGGAGACGUUGCUAAACAUCUCAACUUGAUAUCGAAAGUUCGUGGCCUUGAACAAACUGAGAACUUCUACGAAGACAUUCCUAAUUCCCGAAUGAAAUUCAAGAUAAAUGUUGCGCUCGCGGAAUGCUAUGCAGAGCAUAAAUCUUUGGAGAAAGCGGAGGCUCUGAUGAAGAAAAUCAGGAAGAUUUAUCCGAUGACCUCCCCCAUGCGUUACAAUAAGAUGUUGAAACUCUAUACGCAGUUAGGCAAAUAUGAGAAAUUGGAUAGCCUAAUGCAAGAAAUGAUGGAGAAGGACAUACGCGACCCUGGUACAUAUACUAUUCUCUUGAAUGCAUAUGUUGUUGCUGCAGACAUACAAGGGAUAGACAAGUUACUAAUCAGGAUGGAAGUUGAUCCUAUUGCAACUGUUCGUUGGCAUACUUAUGCUAUCGCAGCAAAUGGUUAUCUGAAAGGUGGCAAUGUCGAGAAGGCCUUGUCAGCAUUGAAGAAAUCAGAGCAGCUAGCUUUAGGCAACCCUGUUGCCUAUUUAUCUAUUCUAACUAUAUAUGCUGGUAUUGGUAAUAAGGAUGAGGUUUAUCGAAUUUGGGGGAAGUGCAAACUCAGUAAGCGAUUUUACAACCAAGGUCACUUCUUAAUGUUAAGGUCUUUGGUGAAGCUAGGUGACAUUGUUGGAGCUGAGAAGAUCAUGGAAGAAUGGGAGUCCAAUUACAAAGUUUUCGACACCAGAAUUUCACAUCCUAUGAUCCAUAUUUAUUGUAAAUUGGGUAUGUUGGAUAAGGCUGAGGCUUAUAUGAAGAGCGUUUUGGAUAGCGGCAAGCAAUUGCAUGCGGCAGAACACGACUGCGCGGAUAAUAAUAUGGAGAAAGCAGUUCAAGCAAUCAACACUGUGCCCUCUGCAGAAAGAACUAGUUGGACCAAUAAACCCUUUGUUUUUGGAUUUUGGCUGAAUCUUUGGAGUACCUGAAGGAAAAAGGAGAUUUGGAAUCAGUGCUUCAGAUUCUCAAGUUCUAUAGUGAUGGCAAAACCAAUAAUAGUCACAUUUUUUAAACUAAAAUUAUCAGAAGAAGAUAUUUUUGACAUCUUCAUUAGAGUAAUUGCUUUUAAACUAAAUGGAUUACUAUAUCACUCUUUAAAUGCAAUUAAGAAGAAAUUCUUUCUGAUGUGGC